GCUUGACUCCUCCGUUCCGCCCCUUUUGUCGUGCCUUCCUUCCGCUCGGCAGCUUUGCUUUCCUUUAAAUUCACCUGGCAAUUAAUCGAACACUUCCCCUCUUCUUCUCUUCUCCCUCCGUCCCUUCCCUUCGUCCAUCGCGGGAGGCCUCAGGAGGAGAAGCCCGGGGCGGCCGCCAGCACCUCUCGCCGGCGAUGCCGAGAGCCAAUGAGGGUCUCGGCCUCGCGGCGAUCUCGUACGUGGCGGUCGAUUACCUGCGCUAUGUCUCGCCCUCGUGGCACGGGCGACUCCAGCCGGCCCUGUGGGCGGUCCUGGCCCUCGCCGCGGCCUGUCGCGCCCCCUUCUACCGGCACUGGCCGUUAGAGCUACGGGCCGCGAUCCCCUUCCUCGCUUCGCUGGUCUUCAUGCUCUCCGCCCUGCUCUGCGAAGCCCUCUCCGUCCGAUUCGUGACCGCUGUCCUCGGCCUCGAUUGGCAUACAUCUUCACCCCCACUUCCUGAUAGUGGUCAGUGGUUGCUUUUGUUCCUGAAUGAGAAGCUUCCACAGGUUGUGGUUGAAGUGCUAAGAGCACAUAUAAUUGGACUACAUCAUUUCUUAAUGCUGUUUGUGAUGUUGGCUUUCUCUGUGGUUUUUAACUCUGUUAAAGCCCCUGGUCUUGGACUCGCCGCGAGGUAUAUGUUUACCAUGGCUAUAGGGCGUCUUCUUCGUGCUGUAACAUUUGUUUCUACAAUUCUUCCAUCGGUACGACCUUGGUGUGCUGAAGUCCGAUUUCCAGUACCCUAUCAUCCUCAUCCUUGGGUACAGAAAUAUUAUAUGCCAUAUGCUUCUAACUCGGAUGCCAUUCGCAAGCUAAUACAAACAGAUAUGCCCUACGCCACAAUUGGAGAAUAUCCUGGUGAAUAUCGGCCUAAUUGGGGCCGGAUGAACUUUCUGAUAGAUAUAUUGAGGCCCACUGUUUCAGAGGGAUCUUCAUGGUAUCAAUUGUUGAAGAAAGCUGGUGGCGGUUGUAAUGACCUGCUAUACAGUGGUCAUAUGCUUGUUGCUGUAUUGACUGCUAUGGCAUGGACGGAAGCAUAUGGUGGCUGGACGUCAGCUCUGACAUGGAUUCUAGUGCUGCACAGUGCCCAGAGAGAGAUUCGAGAACGCCACCAUUACACCGUAGACUGUAUAGUGGCAAUCUAUGUCGGCAUCCUUCUGUGGAGAAUGACUGGCUUCAUUUGGUCUGCUAAAGAUGCAACCAAAACCAAAAGACUCGCCAAACUUGAUGAGGUCCAGAGCAGACUGAUUCAUGCGGCUAAGGAUUCAGACAUCGAUGAGAUUAGGGAUCUCUUGAAGGAGGUGGAGAGGGCUGGUCAAGAGAGGCGGGGCUCCUCUCAAUGGGCUAUAUGGUUAUUUGCUGGCACAACCAUUACUGUCUCCCUCAUUAUGGUGCUCCUCGCCUUUACGCUGACCAGCGACGGGUAAUUCGUUGUGAAAUUAUCACCAGCUUCUGUAUCUGAUGGUUGUAACCUCUGUUGUACUUUUUUAAAGUAUGUGUUGUACUUUAUAUGUGAUUUUAUGGGUCUUUUCUGUAAACUUAUUCUGUUGUUUGGACAUUAUUUGGAACAAUGACAUGAUCCUGCUGUCUUGACUA